AAGAGUGUGAACAGAGCGAAGUAUAAAAGAGGGAGGCAAAGCAAAAUGCCUCUCGCAAAGGAGGCAACCGCUCGGACAGCGACGGAGGAGAUUGCACUCUCUGUCUGAUCUAUCUUCUUCUCUUAAAUCUCUGAUCUUUUUCACAAAAGAAUACAACAACUGCGAUAUAUAUAUAUAUACCAGUUUUUCCUCUAGCUCUCUCUCUCUCUCUCUCUCUCUCUCUCUCUCAUCUUUAUUCACUAAGCUAAUUAAACAAGAUGCGCAACAUGACGAGCUCAGCCUCCGCCCGAGGCAUAGCCGCCAUUGUCGGCGUGGGAUCGAACCUGGGCCGCUCCAUCGCCCGCAAGUUCGCUCACGAAGGCUACACCGUCGCCAUUCUCGCUCGCGACUUAGGGAGAUUGUCGAGGUUUGCGGACGAAAUAGCGAGGGAGGAGAAAGCACAAGUAUUUGCGAUACGAAUCGAUUGCUCGGACUCGAGGAGUGUGAGGGAGGCAUUCGAAGGGGUUCUCUCGCUUGGAUUUGUGGAGGUUUUGGUGUACAAUGCUUUCCAGCCGGUGUCUUGGCAACCUACCCACUUCACCGACAUUCGCAUCGACUCCUUUGAGAAGACCCUCGCCGUCUCUUCCGUUGGUGCCUUCCACUGUGCCCAACAGGUUGUUCCGGGCAUGGUGGAAAGAGGAAGGGGGACAAUUCUAUUCACGGGCUGCUCAGCUUCUCUCAACGGCGUUGCUGGUUUCUCUGAGCUAUGUUGUGGAAAGUUCGCGUUGAGAGCACUGUCGCAGUGUCUGGCGAGGGAGUUCCAACCUUUUGGAGUACACGUCGCCCACGUCGUCAUCGAUGGCAUCGUUGGCCCAUCUAGGGGGGCAUCAACUUCGUCACAGAGGGGGUUGGUUGGGGAACAACAAAGCGGAGGAGGUGAUGGGUCAAUGGACCCAGACGCGCUGGCUCAGACCUACUGGCACUUGCAUGUUCAGGACCGAGCCGCUUGGACCCAAGAGAUUGACCUGCGUCCCUCCAGUCCCAGAUUCUUCUAGUGCCUCCAUAAAAGUGCUACCCUAGUCCCUAGCUAUAUGGGUAUUAGCAUCACUAUUUCCCAAUAGUAGUAGUAUUUCCGUCUUCUUCCCUACACUGCAUGCUUCUAAACCCAAUUACUAGCUGGACCCUACAUGCUUCGAAACAACUUGGAGGAUUCACGGAUCGACAGCCAACGGGUCCCACACUUCUCCCCAAGUGGCUUGGAACAGGUUUAACCAAGUUGCAUAUUUCGUAGAUUGCAUGAUUGCUUCUGUUACUCUGCUACUUUCUUUUCUUUUUCUUUUAUUUCAUACUCCGAUUUGGGUCCCAAGAAAUUUGUUGUUGGAAUUGUUAAUAUAAUAAAAUUUUAAUUUUACGA